AUGUCAAUACUUGAUGUUUUCUCUCUCUUUCUUGUCCUAAGUGUAGCCACAUUGUGUGUUGGUUAUGAUUAUUUCAUCUUUACUGAAUCAUGGCCAAAAGGCUUUUGCAGUCGUCAAAUUCAGAUAGGAGGACGCUUAUGCCUUGGAACACUACCAAGGCAUUUCACUAUUCAUGGAUUAUGGCCGGAAGAUGUGUCUCAACAACUACUAAAUUGCGACCCAAACAACACUCUUACUCCUCGACAAAUACAUCCCGUGAGAUCACAUCUUUCUUGGGCUUGGCCGAAUUUAAUUGGAAAUGAUUUUAGUUUCUGGAAGUAUCAAUGGUUGAAGCAUGGAACAUGUUCGGCGAGCUCGUUUCCACAACUUUCAUAUUUUCAAUUGGCAUUGAACAUUAAGAGGAGGACUAACCUACUGAAGAUGCUUUCAGACAAGCAAAUAGUCCCAGAUAAUAAUACAAGUUAUAAUGUAAGUUCCAUUAUCGAUGCAGUUCGCAACGCCACUAAUAAUGACCCUCAACUCGGUUGUUAUUUUGAUACUCAGCGUAAUGUCACUGUUCUCGUUGAAAUAAGAGUUUGUCUAGAAAAGAGUGGAAAUUCAUACACAAACUGUACUUUUCCUACUGGUUCUUGUUACUCCCAUGCCUUAUACUGGCCAGAUGUAUGA